AGGACAUUUGUUUCGUUAUUUUUGCGACUUUUGCGGGUUACUGAAGAGACUGGAACCGAAACUUGUGAUCACACAGCGUCCGAAUACUGAAAAAUGGCGGCAGACAGUACCCCAAUGAACAUGGAUAACGAAAGCGAUUCUGCAAGAUAUGGAGAAGAUAUCUCGCCGGAGAAAGAUGGUGGAGUGCGAAAGAUUAUAAAGGUAGCAGGUGGAGGUGGGGAAAAGCCACCGAUCGGAAGUAAAGUUCGAGUUCAUUAUUCCGGUAAAUUUAUGACAGGCGAAGAGUUUGACUCCAACAUCGGUAAAAAAGAUCCAUUUGAGUUUGAACAUGGAAAAGGAGUUGUAAUCAGGGGAUGGGAUAUUGCUAUAGCAACAAUGGAAGUCAAUGAGACCAGCCUAUUUACUAUCAAACCAGAGUAUGCUUACGGGACUGAAGGAAGUGGAAACAAGAUUCCCCCCAAUGCUUGUCUACAGUUUGAGAUUACUUUGGUUGAAUGGAAAGGAGAAGAUAUCACAAAAGAUGGACAUGUUACGAAGAUUACGUUAGAGAAAGGCGAAGGCUAUGUCUGUCCUAACACUGGUGCCCUCUGCGAAGUUCAUAUUGUUGGGAAAUGUCAGGGCAGAGUGUUUGAAGAUCGUGAAGUUUCCUUUCUCAUGCAAGAAGGUACAGAGGAAGGACUUCUCCCUGGUGUCCAACAGGCCAUUCUGAAAAUGAACGAUGAUGAAAAAGCACAUGUGUGGAUUAAGCCUGGAAGGUGGGGAUUUGGAAUGGCAGGGAAUCCAGAUCUGGGUAUUCCCAAGGAUGCUGUGAUAGAGUAUGUGAUACAUCUCAAGAAAUUUGAAAAUGUCAAAGAAAAUUGGGAGUUGAGCAAUGAAGAAAAACUCUCAACAGCCUUGUCACUUAAGGAAAAGGGCACAAGAUAUUUCAAGGAGGAGAAAUUUGGUAUAGCAGCUGAGCAAUAUGCCAGAGCAGUGAGGAUGUUGGAUGGCUACUUUAGCAAUGAGGAAAAAGAGAAACGAGAUCCCUUGCUGUUGGCUGGCCAUCUUAAUCUUGCCGCAUGUCAUUUGAAAUUAAAUCACAAUUUCAAAUGCAUUAAAGAAUGUGACAAGGCUCUUGAAGUUGAGAAAGAUAAUGUAAAGGCCUUGUUCAGAAGAGGAAAAGCGAGAGCCGCCAUCAAUGAUUUAGAUCUGGCAAAAAAAGACUUUGAACUUGUGCUUAAAGUCCAGCCCGGCAACAGAGAAGCACAACAACAGUUAAACGCAGUAAAUUCCAGAAUUAAACAUCAUGUGGCCAAGGAGAGAAUUAUUUUCGCGAACAUGUUUGAACGCCUUGCACGGAAAGAGGAACGCGAAAGCAUGGCAGGCAUAAAAACUCAUGACGUAUUUGAGGAAGCAACUGAGGCAGAACAGCGACUCAAUGAACAAUCUAGACUCAGUGAAAUAACACCGUCACUUCCGGUUAGUAACCAAGUGACGUCAUCGACGGGAGUGAACGGUAAAGCGGAAAAUGAUGUCGAGAUGAAAGAAGACGAGAAAGGAGGUGUAAUAUGCUGACAUCCGUGUGAGGACAACGUCUUACUGUUUAAAUUAGGCUGUGUCCGAACAUCAGGCACUAAACUUUGGGCUGACGAUUUCAAAUUUCAACAGAUAUCUUACAUCCAACCAAUGCAACGAACCAGGGCGACAAACUAGGGUGUCAAACUAGUGUGACAAACUAGUAUGACAAGCUAGUGGGACUAGCUAGUGUGACUAGCUAGUGUGACAAACUAGUGUGACAAACUGGUGUAACAAACUAAUAUAACACGCUAGUUUGACAAACUAUUGUUAUCUAAUGUGAAAACUAGUAUGACUGCGUGAUGACAAAAAUAUGUUAUUACUUUUCAAGAAGUAUAGUUAAAUCGAAUAAGUAAAGAUUUGUCAAAACAUUUUACAAUAAAAAUCGAACAUAAUUUGAAUCGCACAAAUCGCAUUUAUAACAAUAUAUUUACGACACGCCAUCUAUUUCAAUGCAUUGCUGAUCAUCGAUAUUCUGCCAUUGGUCGUCAUCUGAAAGAUGCUCAUGGGAACGUUAACUUACUCAAUGAGAGCCAAAUUUCGGGUGCUUAAAAAAUGCAGCACGAAAUGGGAUUGCCUGGUCAACGAAAUGUUGCACAUAAGAACAAAAAGACGUAAUUCAAACACCCAGAGCGACUCCCUUGAGGGUAAGCUCUUUGUUUGACUCUCAAUGACUCUCAAUUUAUUCAUUUUCUCAUCUACAUAUAUCUUAUUUUUCUUAUUUCAUU